UCCACUGCUCCGCAGAAAUGGUAACUUUGUUUCGCUGGAGGAGAGCUGGUAACUGUGCCGAAGCGAAUAGACCGGAUUCCCAAACAAAUAAAAAAAAUAUUUUAAUGUAACAUUUUAUUUAUUUAUUUUUUACUUUUACUUUUGGCUGAAAAUAAUUCCACGUAGAGGACCAUUAAAGUGGAAUGAGUAGCAUGACCUGUUGCCUGUCUUCCUCGCCGUGUAGUUAACUACAAUCCAAGAUGUUGCUUUGUGGAUGGGAUGGCGUCUGGUGCAGUUUGUGUGCGGACUCGUAGCUUCGUCGGAGUACGAACAUUUACGCCUGAAUUAAUUGUCUAACCCUUCUUUCCUGGGAAGAUGCACGUGUCUCUGGCAGAAGCCCUGCAAGUUCGAGGGGGGCCGCUCCAGGAGGAGGAGGUAUGGGCGCUGCUCAGUCAGAGUGCAGAAAGCCUCCAAGAACUUUUUAACAAAGACCCAGCAGCCAUGGGCUUCAUCAUCUCACCCUGGUCCCUCCUCCUCAUGCCCUCUGGCAACAUUUCAUUUACAGACGAGUAUGUCACCCAGGAGGACUUAAGAGCUUUCACAGCCCCAGAGGUCAUGGAAGGCAACCCCUUGAAUUCAGUUUCUGACAUUGAAAAGAUGCAUAUGUAUUCACUGGGAAUGACAUUAUUUUGGGGAGCAGACUAUCAGAUCCCUCCAAGCCAGCCCAUGAAGCUGGGGGAACACCUUAACGGUCUACUGCUCAACAUGUCUGAUGACAUUACAUUGAGUCGGAUGUCGCUACGCACGGUGCUGGACAUCUGCAGCAAACACAUCAGGAACUCCACCUGUGACCCUCCUUUCUCCUACAUUAGAAAACUGGUGCGGUUGGUGCUUGGCAGUCUCUCUCAGCUGGAUGGUCUGCUGACAGAUAGAGAAUCUCUUCCAGAGCGGAGUAAGGAGAUUCGAGAGCGGUUGAGAGGCAAAGGCUUGCCAUCCGGGAGGAGUGCCGCCCCCAGAGUUUUGGAGCGCUACAAAGCCAGAACUCAGGAGCAAGCGGCUCUCAACCGGGGCCUCAGUCGAUCUAUGGGCUCGCUGCCAAUACUGGACUUGCUGAAGGGAGAUGAGGGUGCAGCUCCCCACAGUUCCCUGUCUGAGUAUCACACAAACUCUGACUCUUCCACAGAAUUCUACUCCAAAGCCCCCUCACUCCAGCACCAGCUUUCUUACCCCUAUCUGCACCCGCUGCAUCCCCAGAUGAAGGGGCGGCCUGUGGAGCUGGACCGCAGGUCUUUACCCUACCAAAUCACAGACAGAGGGCCGAGUCAGCCCAGAAAGACCUGGGCCUCCUCUGUGGACUUGGCUUACAUUGACCCAGAAGCUCUUCGUUUUGGAGCUUUGGAAGAUGCCCGGAGAGGAAGCAGUGUCUUAAGCACGCAUUCUGUGGGGAGGCGGAAAUCACCUUUGUCUGUGGCCAAGGAGGUGGAUUAUCGGUACUCUGAGUUUGGUGAGCUGAAGGGCAGAAUGCCUCAUCACUUUUCUGCCCUGUCUGUCGGCUCCGGGCUCCCUGCCGCAUAUGACAGGAUCAAGGAAAGACAGAGGAAACUCCAGGCACUACAGCAGGCGGUAAACGACCCUGUUCACACCCACCAAAGGUACCACAGUGAUUACAGCUCAUCUAGUGAAAGCCCAUCAGUGGCCUCUUCAGAUCCAGACUACAGGCUAGCUAAGAAACCCGGCGAAGUGACGAGGUAUGGCUCCCAGCUGGCGCUUGCAGAACAAGACGCCCUGUCACUGAGAAGCCACAACUCACAGAGACACAGGCAAAAUGAAGGGCCUGCUGAUGAAAGUGCUGAGAUGCUCCUCCAGAGGCAAGAAGAGGAGGUGCAGCGGCUGCAGACACAACUGGCCAAUCGGCUGUCCAGGUCCAACUUCUACUCUGCAGACGAGCCCCUGCUCCAACCUCAGGCUUCAGCACUUGACCUUCAGGACCCUCUUUACAAUCCUUUAUCGCUCCGCAAAAACAAGAACUAUCAUGGACCCGAGUUUGUGAAGAUGGCCAGCGAGCCACCAGUAACCUUAUCUGUGCCUUCAUCAAUCAUGCAACCGAAACGAAACAAGGUGGAAGAAGCACAAAGGAAGGUGGGUGUUGUGCUCCUGAAUGGGCAAAAACUGGAGCUGGGCUGUGACCUUAAGGCAGUUUGCAAAGACGUUUUUGAUAUGGUGGUGGCUCACAUUGGCCUUGUGGAGCACCAUCUCUUUGGUCUUGCAUACCUCAAAGAAACCGAGUUUUUCUUUGUUGAACCUGAUGCCAAGCUCACCAAAGUAGCUCCUGAUGGAUGGAAGGAGCAUCCCAAGAAAAGAAGAACCGACGUGCCUUUUAACCUUUUCUUGCGGAUCAAAUUCUUCCAUGAUGAUGUCAACCUCAUACAGCAUGCUAUGACCAAACAUCAGCACUACCUACAACUGAGGAAGGAUAUCUUGGAGGAAAGGAUGCGCUGCAACACAGAAAAUGCCUUGCUUCUGGCUUCCCUGGCAUUGCAGGCUGAAUUUGGUGACUACCAACCUGAGCUUCAUGGGAAGACAUAUUUCAGACUGGAGCACUACCUGCCAGUGUCCAUCUUGGAUAAGGUGGACCAGACAACUCUUCGGGAAGAACUGCCUAAACUUCACAGUAACUACUAUGGUGCAUCAGAAUCAGAGGCAGAGUUUGAGUUUCUCAAGGCGAGCCAGAGGCUGGCUGAGUAUGGAGUCCAUUUCCAUCGAGUCCUUCCAGAGAAGAGGUCUCAGUCAGGCGUCAUGUUGGGGAUCUACUCCAAAGGCGUGCUCAUUUUUGAAGUUCUUAAUGGAAAUCGUACCCCAGCGCUGAGGUUCCCCUGGAGGGAGACCAAGAAGAUUUCCUUUGCAAAAAAGAAAAUUUGCCUUCAGAACACAUCGGAUGAGGUCAAACACCUUUUCCAGACUGACAGCAACAGGACAUGUCAGUAUCUGCUGCAGCUGUGUUCGGAUCAGCACAAGUUCCAACUGCAGUCGAAGGCACGACAAAACAACCAGGAGCUGCAGGAUCUUGAGAACUGCCCCUUGAGCAGCAUGCAGUACUCCGUAGACUCUCAGGGUGGAGACGCAUCAGCCCGGAUAGCACGUCCCGUCAGCCUGGCCCAGAGCUUAUCCACGCGCUCCAACCCAGAACACCUGAAGAGGAUCUCGUACUCGGAGGUGGCUCUCAACAAGACACCGGCCGGCUCAGUAUUAGUCCACGACGAGCUCCACCUUCCAGGUUACAACCCGCUAGCCUCAACCGCCUUUACCAAUCCACGAUUGAUGAGUCGGUCCCACCACAACCUGGCACAGAUGUCAGAGUCGGAGCAGAACCCAGUGUUGGAUUUGCUCCGUUCAUCAAAUGCUAGAUUGACCCAGCCCCAGUUAAACCAGGCAACUUCCAACUUCCAGCAACGUCAGCGGGCAAGCUCAGACACUGAUUCAAUUUCUCAUCUUCAGGACAAGCCAUUGGGUUCAGUUCUCCAGAACAGUCCAUCAUGGCACCUCAGUCAGUCCAAAAAGGAGUCAGACUCAUCUUCCAUUGAGGACAAUGGCCAAGCAUAUGUAGUUGGUGUCAGUAUGCACAGUUCCUCUGGAGCUCCUUCAACUCCAGCUUCUGCUAAUGAUUCUUUGAAGAAAAAGCUGAAUGAGCUGCCAACUCUAGAGAGAGAGAUCACAACUGUAAACUUAAAGAAAGAUGCGAAAUAUGGGCUGGGAUUUCAGGUUGUUGGAGGGGAGAACUCUGGCCGUACAAACCUCGGUACUAUCAUUAGCUCCAUCACUCCUGGAGGUCCUGCUGAUCUAAAUGGACUUCUAAAACCUGGUGACCGGCUGAUAUCUGUGAAUGAUAUAAACCUGGAUGGAUAUCCUCAUGAUGAAACUGUUAACAUCCUUCAGAGCGCUCCUGAUGAUGUCACUCUGGUAGUGUCACAACCAAAAGAGAGGCUCUAUCAGGAUAAACAUUCUUCUCCAUUUGUUCCCCAACCACCCAAAUCAUAUUUUAAUUCACCUAAACCUGCUCAGAGACCAGAGCGAGAGGUUGACCCGUCAUCAGAGGAACAUCAUGGCACGGUCAGCCCCGUUCUUCCUCUCCAGGGCGCCGGCAUUCCCACUUCUGCCUUCUCGCCGGCACGUCAGCUCAGCAGCCUCGGCUCUCAGGAUUCUAGGACGAGCAGCUCGGCUAAAGUCAACCAGCCGCCUCGCGAUAGAGUUCAGCAGGCCUUGGAAAGAGUAAAAGCUGCUGCCUCCUCUGAAACCGCUACCGAAUCUCGAGGACCGGAGCCAAAGGUUGAAUUGAAUCAGUCGCCUCCAGCUCUGCCUCCGAAAACUAGAAGAGUCAAACUUUCAGUAGUUCCUCCAGUUUCUGAGCAGUCCGACAGGGGGGAUACAGACAUGGAUGAAGAAACUUAUUCCAGUAGUCAAGAAAAAGUGAAGGCCAAAAAGGAAAACAUCAUGGAAAAUUUAAAUGAUAAUGCCCCAGGGGUCAAUAGUCUCCGUCCAGGAGAUCUAUUUGACGUUGAGCUGUCCAAAAUAGACAGCAGCCUGGGCAUAAAUGUCACGGGUGGAGCUAACACAACAGUGCGACAUGGAGGCAUCUAUGUCAAAGCCCUUAUACCUAAAGGAGCUGCAGAGCUCGAUGGGAGGAUACAGAAAGGUGAUCGAGUAUUAGCAGUCAAUGGAAAGAGUCUAGAGGGAGCUACUCAUCACCAGGCUGUCGAUGUCCUCAGAGACACAGGCCAGACGGUUCACUUGCGCCUGGAGAAAGGUCUUUCACCUGUGAACAGCAAUCAAGCUCCCCUCACCCCUCAACCCAACACCCGCAUUUCUGCCAGUAACCACACUCAAACAAAGGACAAGGAGCAGCCACCAGAGGCCAAAGAUAAACCCGAGUACAGCUUCGUCACGCAAGAUAACAUGUUUGAGGUCCGUCUGCUGAAGAACACUUCUGGACUCGGCUUCAGCUUCAGCCGAGAAGAGCAUCCCCCUGAUGAGCCCAAUGGCCCCAGCCUGGUGAGAGUGAAGAAGCUUUUCCCGGGCCAGCCAGCUGCAGAGAGUGGCCGCAUCAACGUGGGCGACGUCAUCUUGCGAGUCAAUCAAACCUCGCUGAAAGGACUCUCACAACAUGAGGUGAUAUCAGCCUUACGAGGAACUGGACAGGAAGUGACGCUCCUGCUCUGUAGGCCUGAAAAAGGUGUUCUUCGAGAUAUGGACGCCUCAGCUUUGACACCCAAACCAUCACCCAGGAAGGUGCCUGUAACCAUUACAGAACCCAGUCUGAGCUUGAGCAGGACAGCAUCUCCUCCUGGGACGACUUCGAAAACCCCCGUGGAAGAGGCUCUGGCGAGGCUGAACUUCAAGAGCCCCGGCCGACACAACAGCUACAGCGACAGCACCGACGGUGAUGAGGAGGUGGAGAAAGCUUUCACCUCCAGCGCCUUUGAACACAGCUUGCAAAACUGGGACAUGAGUGUCUAUCAAACGCCCGGUGGCAACUCAGAACUGGGACGCUUUGACAGCUCUGGUCAGCUGGAUGGCACCUUCCACUCAGCUUUUUAUUCUCCGAUCCUCUCAAAGACAAGAUUGGACCUCAGCAACAGGAGUUCUUCAUCACCUGUGGAAGCUGAUAUGGAGUCAUCUCCUCUGCCUGUGAUAUCCUCUGCCUCUGCCCCCAGUCCUGAUCCCCUGCCCCCUCCAAUGUCACUACCCUUAAAAUUUAAAGUCCCCAGCAAUGGACAGGAUGUAGAAGAAGUGAUUCCGGAAGCAGAGCUGAUGAUUUCUUUGUUGAAGUCAGAAAAGGGUAGCCUUGGUUUCACCCUCACCAAAGGCAACGAUCAAGGGUGUUACAUCCAUGACAUUGUCCAGGAUCCGGCCAAAGCAGAUGGAAGGCUUAGGCCUGGGGACCGAAUGAUCAAAGUUAACAACACAGAUGUGAGUUCAAUGAACCACACUGAGGUGGUCAGUCUAGUCCGUGCUGCUCCUCCUCUUGUUGAUUUGGUGGUUGGAAGGAUUCUGGAAGCUCCCAAAUUCCCAGUAGAAGCCCAUCUGCUCCCUGAUAUUUGCUUCAGGAGCAGCCAAGAGCCACUGGGAUUGGUCCUAGAUGGGGGAAGGGACAGCAUUUAUGGGGUCUUAUUUGUAAAAGAUGUCAUACCAGGUUCACCAGCCUCAAAAGAGGGAAGCUUGAAACCACUUGACCUUAUCCACUACAUUAAUGGGGCUCCAACCCAGGACCUAACUCUGAGUGAGAGCACCAGACUCCUGGAGCUCUCCCUGAACGACCUUUGUCUGAAGGCUACACGAGAUGGAAUGCCUGUAUCUCCUGAACAUAAACAUGUCACUUUUCUGGACAACAUUGGCUCCAAGCUGUCAUCCAGCAUGAAUGGGUUUCUUAAAAGGAACGGUUCCAGAGAUGCAGAGGAUCUCACCGGACUUUGUCCUGCAGAGGAGGAGAUUAUAACGUUGGAUCUAGAGAAGCCACCGUCUGGAGGUCUUGGUCUCUCUCUAAUUGGAGGGGAGAGGGGAAUCUUUGUGAAGUCCAUCACUCCAGGUGGUGUCGCAGAGUCCUCAGGACAGCUGCAGGUUGGAGACAGGCUGCUUAAAGUAAAUGAUGACCUAAUGACUAAUAUCUCCCACACCAAAGCUGUCACUACCAUUCGAAAAGCUAGAGGUCUGGUACAUCUGAUUGUUUCAAGACCACCUGACCAGAACCCAAACACAUACCUGGCCUAUCUACCUAUAAACUCUGACAAGUGCAAUGGUAACACAGAUCUGAGUGAGGACAGUGGAGUGACCACUAAGCUUCGGAUGUUGGUUGAACAGAAAUCCACCAACAUACUUGCCAUACCACCAAUAGACUACGACGAUGGUCCUCUGGAGGAGAAAAAAGACACAGAGCUUUCAGAGGACACAGACUGUGAUGGAUCCUCUUUACCUGAAGACUCUCCUGUGAGUUCUCGGAAAGCAAUGUGGCAAGAAGAGAGUGUUGACGACCCAAGGAAUGAAAACAGCUACCUGCAGAUGAGUGCAGUGCAGCCAGAAGAUGAGGACUUCACAUGGGGAAGUGAUGAGCUCCCCAUAGAAAAGAUCAGCUCCCAGUCAACAGAUGACAAGUCAAUCAUCACUAAGGACGAGUUGACCACUUUACCCCUUGUCAGAGUGGUUCCUGGUGGCCAGUACACAGGAACUAAUCUCCACUCUAAAGUCCGUGUGAUAAAGGGGCUCCUGGACCAAAAAAUCCCACUUCAAGAAUUUGAAAAUCUUCAGAAUCUACAGCCACUCGAUGACUGCUUAGUUGGUCAGACCAAGGAGAACAAGAAGAAGAACCGCUACAAGAACAUUAUUCCAUUCGACACAACUCGUGUGGUUAUUGGCAAAGAUGGUGGAUACAUUAACGCCAACUUCAUCAACAUGCAAGUGAAGAAUGAGCACUUCAAGUACGUCGCCUGUCAGGGACCUUUGCCCACCACACUGGGCGACUUUUGGCAGAUGGUGUGGGAGCAGAAUUCCAACGUGAUAGCCAUGAUGACUCAGGAGAUCGAGGGCGGCAAAGUGAAAUGUCAGCGGUACUGGCCGGACACGCCGAGGACGGCGGAGAUGGUGGACGACAGGUUGCAGAUAACACUCAUCAAAGACCAGCACCUAGACCACUUUGUCAUUCGCCUCAUUGAGGUCAAAGAUGUCCAGACUAAUGAAACAAAGCUUGUAACUCAUCUGAACUACACCGGAUGGCCUGACCACGGAACGCCCUCUCAACCCGAGCAUCUGCUCACAUUUAUUUCGUACAUGAGACACAUUCAUCGAUCAGGACCCAUCAUCACACACUGUAGUGCAGGCAUCGGUCGCUCAGGGGCCCUCAUCUGCAUAGAUGUGGUUCUGGGCCUCAUCAGUAAAGAUGCAGAUUUUGAUAUUUCAGAUAUUGUGCGAAAUAUGAGACUUCAGAGACAUGGAAUGAUCCAGACAGAGGAGCAGUACAUUUUCUGCUAUCAAGUGGCCCUCUAUGUCCUCAGAUGCCUUAAAGCAGAAGAAAACAUCUCAGGAUAGUAACCAUAUCUUCUAGAUCCUGGGUGACCAGUCAGAGCAAAGCAGAACAAGUCAAUACAGGCAAAAAUUGCCAAAUUACACUGCUUUUUAAUUCCUUAAUCUGUUUUUUUCUCCAAGAAUGAAUCAUUUAAGAAGUAUAUUUUCUAUUUUUGCUUUUUGUUCUCUGUAGCUGCUGCUCUUUUUCACUGCAUUUAUGCAAGCUGCUGAUUGUAUUUCCUAUCAAACAAGAGAACAUUCAUGUUUUAUUUUUCCUUUAGAUUUUUUAUUUUAUUGAUGAUGAAAUGAUUUUAUAUUUUAUGUGGAACAUUUAUGUGUAUUUUGAUGCUUGAACUGGCCUUGACAGAAUACUGUGUCAGUAUUUGCUAUGUAAAUCUAUUAUACAGUUAUUACAUACUGCCUGAGGCAAAUGAUAAACUGAAAGUGUACAUAUUAAUCCCUGGAAAAAUUAAACUGGAUAUGUUUGAAAUAUUAUGUAGAGGAAAAUUUCUUUUAAACAAGAUCAAAUAUUAAAAGUUUUAUUUGUCUUGUCAUAUUUUAUUGUUGCGUUUAUUAUUGCGUUUUACAGCUGUUGCAUUCAUGCCAUGUAAUACGAUUGCAGUCACACUCCAAGCUUCAAUCAUUGGAUCGCUAAACACAAUUCUGGUGGAUAACAAGCUCCCAAAAUAUCAGAAGAAGAAACGUUGCUGUGUUUACUGUUUGUUGCUUCACCCCUGCGACAUAGAUGCCAUACAAGUGACUGCACUCUAAAAAGUAUUAUAUGGGCUGAACUUGGUAUGUGUUAUGUUGUGCUCUAUUGAAAUGUUAUUGUUUUACUUCAAGUUUACACAAUAAACCAUUUUGAGUCUGAAGACUGAA